UCUGCCUCUCUGAACCUGAUCCAACAGGCCUGAGGUCAAAGGUCAGCCACACUGAAUAGGGAAGUGGCUAAAGGCGAAAGGUUUGAUUCUGAGCAGCUGUAAAUAUCUUCUCAGAGGAGCUUGACUUUACACACCUGCUGUCGUAAACAUGCCAGAGACAGGAAAUGAUGCAUGCAUUGAAGCUCCGCCCACUCUCCGUCAGGCUGACAAACAGAGAAGUUUUCCUUUCUUGCUUCUGACUGAUAAAGAACUUCAAGAAAACAGCUGAAAGAUUCAUAUCAACGGCAUAAACUGGAGACAAGGACGCAGGGAACUCUGACGUACUGGGUUUGAACUCCUUCAACCUGAAAAGCUACAACCUGGGAGAGCUCAGCUCAAAGUGAAAGUAACUCUGCGCCUUCCCUACAGAGGAACCUGCUUCGUCUUUAGCUGCAUUCAGAGACAACAUGUCUUCCAGGCCUGAGGAGGAUCUGUCCUGCCCCAUCUGCCAGGACAUCUUUAAGGACCCGGUGGUCCUGACCUGCAGCCACAGCUUCUGCAGAGCCUGCCUGCAGACCUGGUGGAGGGGGAAGAAAACGCAAGAGUGUCCCGUCUGCAAGAGGAAGUCGUCCCGCAGCGACCCGCCUCGCAACCUGGCCUUAAAGAACCUGUGUGAGGCCUUCACAGCCGUGGGGCUGUCGGAGCAUCUCUGCACUCUGCACUCUGAGAAGCUCAAGAUCUUCUGCCUGGACCACCAGGAGCCGGUGUGCGUCAUCUGUCGGGACUCCAGGAUCCACAGCGAGCACCGGUUCCGGCCCGUGGACGAGGCGGCGCAGGAGUACCGGGAGGAGCUGCAGAAGAUCCUGAAGCCUCUGCAGGACAAGCUGACCGUCCUGCAGGACGCCAAAGCGGACGGGGACCAAACCCUGAAGUUCAUCAGGCUGCAGAGCCAGCAGACCGAGAAGCAGAUCAAGGAGCAGUUUCAGAAGCUGCACCAGUUCCUGCAGCAGGAAGAGAGGGCAAAGGUCGCCGCUCUGCAGCAGGAAGAGGCGAAGAAGAGUGGGGUGAUGAAGGAGAAGGUGGCGGCUCUGAGCAGAGAGAUCGCGGCUCUGUCAGCCGCCAUCACAGCUGCGCAGGCGGAACUGAAGGCCGCAGACGUCUCCUUCCUGAAGAACUACCAGGAAACGGUGAGGAGGGUCCAGCAGCGCCCCCUUCAGGACGACCCGCAGCCCGUCCCCGGAGCGCUGAUUGACGUGGUCCAGCACCUGGGCAACCUGGCCUUCAACAUCUGGAGCAGCAUGAAGCGGGUCGUGUACUACAGCCCCGUGGUUCUGGACCCGAACACGGCGGACCCGGAGCUCGUCCUGUCCAGUGACCUGAGCAGCGUCCUGUCCGGAGACCGGAAGCAGCUGCCCAAGAACCCGGAGAGGACCCGGUUCUCCUGCUCCGUCCUCGGCUCGCAGGGCUUCGCCUCGGGGACGCACGGCUGGAACGUGGACGUCGGGGAGAACCGGGACUGGGAGCUGGGCGUGCUGGGGGAUGCCGUCCAGCCGGGCGGAGCCCCGGCGGCGCAGCUGUGGAGGAUCUCCUUCUGCCACGGGAAGCUCACCGCGUUCUCCGGAUCAGAACCGGAGACGGAGCUGCCGCUGAAGGCGCCGGUGAGGAAGAUCGGCGUCCAUCUGGACGUGGACAGGGGGAGGCUGUCCUUCUGCGACCGCGGCACCAACGCCAACAUACACACCUUCACACACAGCUUCAGCGCCACGCUGUUCCCCUACAUUUACACCGAGGACCCGGUGCCGGUCCGGCUCCUCCCGGCCAGCGUCUCGGUGAGCGUCAACAAAAACGCCGGAUAAGAUCCACAGGUUCGACAGAAGGUUUAUGUCAGCGUUCACACACAGUUUACCAUCUCUGAGCUGAAACUCCCUCAUUCUACUGGAGACAUUUUGUCCAUUUUUGAUGUUCAACAGGGGUGCACCGAUUUAUCGGCACCAAUUUCCUUCAUUUUAGGAGGUCGGUGAUCGACUGACUCUUUCAUGUGAAGCUGAUCCUAUUUGCUGAUCUUUUCUACCUCAGCAAAGAUCUAAAAAUCAUCCUGUGUCCUCUUCUGCUCUGCAGUGCGAGGUUUGACCCCGCCCACCAGGUCAUGUUUAAAGUUAACAACAGUCGCCUCACUGCCACCAACUCAGCAACUUUAGCGACAUUUCAGACAAAAAAGUCAGAAUCUGUCAAAGUCUGAAUUGGCAGGUCAGGCUUUUUAAAGAUCGGCGAUCAGCUAGGUACUGCAAUCGGUGCACCCCUAAUUUUUAAUAUAAAUUCUUAAUCAAAUCUCUAAAAAAUAAGCAACUUGCUGGUCUUUAGGUGCAAAAUAUGAAGCUUGGAUGACAGAAAAAAUGUUUUCUAAUCAUCCGAAUUCGGGGUGGGCGAUAUGGACUUAAAGUUUUAUCAAGAUAUUUUGUGAAACAUUUGUGAUAUUGAUGAAAGUGAGGAUAAAAACUAUUAUUUCUCCUUUUUUAGUUAACUGUGUGACCGCAUGUCGGUAAUCAUAAUCCCACAAACACAAAUACUGCGCUUGAAAAACGUUCCCAUUUGUUAUAGGCUACGCUUCUUAAGGAAAGCUGCAUUUUCAAAUUUAUUGGUAUUUAUUGAUGCUUUUAAUAAACAAACAAUGGAGAAAAUGUCAAACUAACAAUCCUGCCAAUAAGGACAGUUUUGGGUGGUUUUAAGCAUCAUUAACUGGAAUUUAGUGACAAUGAUAAAUCAAAAUUCUUAUAAGAAAUUUAUCACAAUAAAUGAUAAACGAUAUGAUACGAUAUGAUACGAUACGAUAGUUUGAAUCAAAACUUUAUACCGAACAUCUGAAUCAGCAAUAAGAAAACUGUCUGAAACAUGAAAAUGUUUCUUUAAUUUUCUUUGUCUUUCCAGCCUUACAGAUCUCUGUUUCCUCCAACCCAAAAGUUGUUUUUAUCAGGUUCUGGGUUCUGACAGACAUUCGGGUCCAGUUCAGAUAAAGGUGGUUCUGUUAAGGGACUCAGAUCUGACAGAAACAUUUUGGGUUUUUUAUCAGAUGUUUUUUAUCUGCAGAGGUUCAAAUAAUUACAUUAUGAAUAUUAUGAACCUGCAGGAAACACACCAUGAAGUUGUGCAAUGCGCUUUUAUCUCAUUUUAAUGGAUGUUAAUGAAUAUUCAGUACAAGGUUUUCGGUGAAUAGUUUUAUUUAGUUCAGUUUUGAGGUGUGAUUUUAGACAAAAAAGCUAAAUAUUGAAGUUACUUGAUUUGAUUUUAAAAAUGAGGAAAUAACGUCUGAAUGAAGAUUAUAAUCUGUUGAGCUUUAAUUGUCAUUUUCCCUGAUUAAUGUGAAAUUAUGUUCCUGGGUAUAAAAAUUACGGAAAUCUUCUGUUUUGGGAGGCGGUGAAAAAAGACAAACCUAUUUAUUCAUUUAUGUAAACAAAAUAAUUGACCUCUAAUAAUUUGGUAUAAAAUUAAAU